AACCUUCUAGCUCGCAAGUCGAUAUGUUGUUUUCUUGUUUUUCAGUAAAACCCAGAUUUCGUAAACCAAAUUAAUUGUGGAUCAAAGAUAAUGUGCUCGAAAUGCUCAAAUGGGUGCCCAUCUUUUUGGCCUGUUUUUGUUGUAUUUGUUGUGUUUUCCUCUUGUGCAGGCAAUAGAGGGGUUGACUCCUUCGAAAUCUGAAUGGAUAAACAAACUGAGAUUGGAAUAUGAUCCUGAAAGUUAACUAUUGAGCUCAGUAUUAUUGGGAUUCUUGGAUUGCCAAUGGCUCCUGGAAGCAGUGCCUGCAAAGAGGUCUUCGAAUCUCAUGGAAAAUUUGCAAAUCAUGAUAUAGCAACGACCAAAUUGGAGAAAAAUAGUACUGCAGUAAAAAGUGUCAUUGGUUUGGGUGAAAUGCAUGGUAUGCCUUCAUCAAAUGGCGUGCAUGAGUUACUUGAAUGCCCUGUCUGCACAAGUUUAAUGUAUCCUCCAAUUCACCAGUGUCCAAAUGGCCACACCUUAUGCUCUAACUGCAAAAUUAGAGUGCAUAAUUGUUGCCCAACUUGCCGCCUUGAGCUUGGAAACAUAAGGUGUUUGGCUUUGGAGAAAGUAGCAGAAUCAUUGGAACUCCCUUGCAGAUACCAAAGUCUUGGCUGUCAUGAUAUAUUUCCUUACUACAGCAAACUCAAGCAUGAGCAGAACUGCCGAUGCCGCCCCUAUAGUUGUCCAUAUGCUGGAUCUGAAUGCUCUGUCAUCGGUGACAUCCCAACCCUUGUGGGGCAUCUUAAGGACGAUCAUAAGGUUGACAUGCAUGAUGGGUGUACCUUCAACCAUCGAUAUGUUAAAUCAAAUCCGCACGAAGUGGAAAAUGCAACAUGGAUGCUAACUGUGUUCAACUGUUUCGGAAGACAGUUCUGCUUGCACUUCGAAGCAUUCCAACUUGGCAUGGCGCCGGUGUACAUGGCCUUCCUAAGAUUCAUGGGUGAGGACUAUGAGGCCAAACAAUUUAGCUACACUUUGGAAGUCGGUGCUUUUGGCCGCAAGGUAAUCUGGCAAGGAGUUCCCAGGAGCAUUCGUGACAGCCAUCGAAAAGUUCGUGACAGCCAAGAUGGGCUCAUCAUCCCUAGGAACUUGGCCCUAUUCUUCUCUGGCGGGGAUCGACAAGAGCUGAAGCUGAGGGUCACAGGGCGUAUCUGGAAAGAACAGGCAAUAGAGGGGUUGACUCCUUCGAAAUCUGAAUGGGUUUUGGAAGAAUCCAUUUCUGAAUUUAAAUGGACGCGAUCACUUUGGUGGGAAUCUGAAAAUGGUAUUAUUGGGAUUCUUGGAUUGCCAAUGGCUCCUGGAAGCAGUGCCCGCAAAGAGGUGUCAUUUGGUUUGGGUGAAAUGCAUGGUAUGCCUUCAUCAAAUGGCGGGCAUGAGUUACUUGAAUGCCCUGUCUGCACAAGUUUAAUGUAUCCUCCAAUUCACCAGUGUCCAAAUGGCCACACCUUAUGCUCUAACUGCAAAAUUAGAGUGCAUAAUUGUUGCCCAACUUGCCGCCUUGAGCUUGGAAACAUAAGGUGUUUGGCUUUGGAGAAAGGAGCGGAAUCAUUGGAACUCCCUUGCAGAUACCAAAGUCUUGGCUGUCACGAUAUAUUUCCUUACUACAGCAAGCUCAAGCAUGAGCAGAACUGCCGAUUCCGCCCCUAUAAUUGUCCAUAUGAUGGAUCUGAGUGCAAUGUCAUCGGUGACAUCCCAACCCUUGUGGGGCAUCUUAAGGACGAUCACAAGGUUGACAUGCAGGAUGGGUGUACCUUCACCCAUCGAUUUAUUAAAUCAAAUCCGCACGAAGUGGAAAAUGCAACAUGGAUGCUAACUGUGUUCAACUGUUUCGGAAGACAGUUCUGCUUCCACUUCGAAGCAUUCCAACUUGGCAUGGCGCCGGUGUACAUGGCCUUCCUAAGAUUCAUGGGUGAGGACUAUGAGGCCAAACAAUUUAGCUACACUUUGGAAAUCGGUAUUGGCUGCAAGGUAAUCUGGCACGGAGUUCCCAGGAGCAUUCGUGACAGCCGUCGAAAAGUUCGUGACAGCCAAGAUGGGCUCAUCAUCCCUAGGAACUUGGCCCUAUUCUUCUCUGGCGGGGAUCGACAAGAGCUGAAGCUGAGGGUCAGAGGCCGUAUCUGGAAAGAACAGUGAUUGUCGACUGCAAAAAUUUUCCAAGCUCCCUUGGGUAGACGAGGAAGAAACGCCGCCGGCAUGCUGAUGAUGCUUCUGUUUUCUGCUAGCUGCUGCGAUUCGGCUUGGGGGGUCUCUUGCCAGAGCUCACUUGACAGCAUCAUAUUCAUACAGGGAACUGAAAAUUCUUAGACAAGAAGUAGAGGCAAUCCAUGGUUUGAUGAAGCAUAAGAUGUUAUAUUAUUACAAAGACUGUUAUGUUCCGUGUCUGCAAAUGUAUUGGCAUUGCCACUGUAAUUAGUUUGUCUGAAUUGAAUUGGUGUAAGGAGAGAGAUUUCAACACCACUAUGAAUAUGAGUAGUAUUUACAACUACUGCUUGCU